AUGACCCUGGAUGAAUUACAAGAAAGAGUGACUAAGUUCAUCAGAAUCGAGGAGAUGAGAGUCGUUCAAAAGCGACAACACGAGCAAAAUUCAACCUCAGGUCAAGAGAAGAAAGAGGGGAAGAGGACGUUCGUCCAAGACGAGUGCCAGAAAGGCCAAAAGUAUAGAGAUGGUCCGGAAGGGCCCAAAUUUGAAAGAUAUACCCCGUUGAACGCACCAAGGGCUACAAUUCUGGAAGAAGCUCUGAGUGCUGAUCUCCUUCCACCUUUGAGGCCUUCUAAAUCCUCAAGGAAAGCCGACGAAACUAAACAUUGUACCUAUCAUCUAAAUAUAGGACAUACCACUAAAGAUUGCACGGUGUUGAGGGAUAAGGUGGAGGAGUUGAUUUGGGCAGGGCAUCUAAGGAAGUUUGUGAAGAACGAACGAGUGGGGAGAAGCCCACCUAGGAGGGCUAGGACCGAACGAACCGAUCGGAGAGAUGAUAGACGCCCAGAUCAUAGGCAAAGCAGAAGCCGGAGUCGUGACCGACCACUACGCGGCAUAAUAAAUAUUAUAUCCAGAGGAUUUGCUGAAGGAGGCUCAUCAGCAUCGGCAAGAAAGAGGAGUCCGAGGGAGUUAAAAAGUGUUCAUCGGGUGGAUGUGAAGAAGCGCUCAAUGCCACCUAUCACAUUCACUGAUGAAGAUUUUCAUGCCCACGAUCCCGACCAGGAUGAUCCGAUGGUAAUAACUACUGUUAUCGCUCGGUAUAGCGUAGAAAAGGUGUUGAUAGACCAAAUAGUGGGAUUCACAGGAGAAAGAGUCGAUACUCGAGGAUACUUAGACUUGAGGACUCGACUUGGAACGGACAAAGAAGCGAAAGAACUCAGAACAAGAUUCCUGUUAGUAGAAGCUCAUACUCCAUAUAACGCUCUGCUGGGACGACUUUGUUUGAAUGCUUUCGGAGCUGUGGUCUCCACCCCACAUUUAGCCUUGAAAUUCCCGUCAGAUAAGGGUAUCAUAUGCACUGUACGGGCUGAUCAAUGGACAGCCCGAGAAUGCUAUAAUGCUAGCUUAAAAGUCACACCCUUCGUUCCCCCUCAAACGGACAGAGGAGCAGAAACAACUACUAGUUAA